AUGAAUCAUUCUUUGAAAACUAAUAAAUCGAUCAAGAUUGCUAAAAAGACAGAAGAAGAGGAGGCUGUCAAAUUUUACAAAAUGUUAUCUAGUGUUAUCAAAAAAGAUGAGAAAAAUAAAAAUAAACCAGAUUUUAUCAGCAAAGAAAAGUAUAAAGAUGAUGCAGAUGAUGCAGUUUCUAUCAGCAAAGAAGAAAAUAAUAAAAAUGAAUUGAUUGAAGCAGAUUUUAUAUAUACUACCAAUAAGAUUCGUCAACAUGAUCCUUAUUUUUUUAAAUUUUAUAUUAAUAAAAAUGACGAUCAAUUGGGAAUUGAAGAAUUGUUGCAUGAAGCUGAGAAUGCUAUUAAGGUUUCAGAAAUUACUAAUGAUGAUGAUGCCAUUGCUUUAGUUAAUCAAAUUAUUAAAGUUGAAUAUAAUCAAAUAAGAACUUCUAUUACAAUUAAAGAAGCUUUAAAUUGUUUGAAGUUGCAAUCUGCUUUAGAAUCUAUUCGAACUGGAAUUGGAAUUCAAGUUUGUUUGAAAGAUUUUGGAUUGUUCAAUGGAUUAGAAGAUAAAAUCCGUGAAUUUAUUCAUCAAAGAAAUGAUGAUUAUCAUAUCAUUAUAUUCCAAUUCAGUAAUUUCUUAUUUUAUUAUUUGAAAAAUCUAUUUGAAUAUUCUGUUGGAAAAUCGAUCGGAAACGGACACGACGAAGACUUUUGUCAAAAUAAACCUGAUGAAGCAACUAAUAUGAGAUGGAUUGGAUAUGAAUGUCGGGAUAAAUAUCCUAAAAACAAAAAUCAUAGCAAGAAAAGGCCA